AUGUUCCCCCGGCGUGGUGACGCCAUUUGUACUUCGCGACGGUAUGAGCUGCGCCACCUGGCUGCGUGGGCGGAGCGCGUGAUAACACGCAGGCAAAUCGAUGCGUCUGUUGAUGGAGUUGGUGUCCGACACCCACGCCUCCAACAGCUCUCGCCCUGUCUUGUUGCCGGCUCGCGCCAAUAUCCGCGUGUUGGCGAAGUCGAACUCAUGCCCUUCCUCGAGCGUGUGAGUGGCUACUUGAGACAGUGGGUCGCCUCUCCGAACGGCCCGUUUGUGCUCAAGUAUUCGUCAGCUCAGACGUCGUCCUGUCUGGCCUGUGUAGUGGCAAGGACAGUUUUGGCACGGGAUUCGAUAGACUACGCCCGACUGUUCACCUGCGUCCAGCCGAUCCUUCAUUUUCAUGAUCCUGCUACGCAUGGUGGCCGCCGGAUGAUGAGCGAUGCCCACGCCUAG